AUGGUCGGAACCCAGCAACCAACUUUCUCUCCACCACCAGCCGGCGGCUACAAAUCCAAUUCCUUCGACGAUGAUGGCCAUCCCAAACGAACAGGAACUAUGUGGACGGCGAGUGCGCAUAUAAUAACAGCUGUGAUAGGUUCUGGAGUUCUGUCGCUGGCAUGGGCGAUGGCUCAGCUUGGUUGGAUAGCCGGACCGGUGGUUAUGUUGUUGUUCUCCUCUGUAACUUAUUUCACGUCUACGUUCCUUGCCGCAUGUUACCGAUCUGGAGAUCCCGUCUCCGGCAACAGGAACUACUCUUACAUUGACGCCGUCAAAAACAAUCUCGGUGGCGUGCGGGCUAAGCUAUGUGAGAUUGUUCAAUAUCUUAAUCUCUUUGGUGUUGCUAUUGGAUACACUAUUUCCUCGGCCAUAAGCAUGAGGUGA